CUCCUUCUCUUGGCGUUACAUAAAAUACUAGAAAGAUCAAAAUCUAAGAACUCCACCACCAAUUUACCACCAGGGCCAUGGAAGCUCCCUCUCAUAGGAAACCUACACCAACUUUUUGGCUCAACUCUGCCUCAUCACACACUAAGAAACUUGGCCACCAAGUUUGGCUCCUUAAUGCACCUAAAACUAGGAGAGGUAUCACACAUCAUAGUUUCUUCACCAGAAAUAGCCAAAGAGAUAAUGAAAACACAUGAUACCAUCUUUUCCAAUAGGCCACAAACUCUUGCUUCCAAAAUUGCUUACAAUGGAGAAGACAUUGCUUUCUCUCCCUAUGGAGACUAUUGGAGGCAACUACGAAAGAUGUGCACAGAAGAGCUGUUAUCCUCAAAGCGAGUGCAAUCUUUCAGGUCCAUAAGAGAAGAGGAGGUGUCAGCAUUCAUUGAAACAAUAUCUUCAAGUAAAGGAUUGGUGGUGAAUCUCAGUGAGAAGAUUUACUCAUUGACAUAUGGAAUAAUAGCAAGAGCAGCUAUUGGUGAAAAAUCAAUGGCGCAGCAAGAGUUAAUAUCCAUUAUUGAGGAAGGAAUACACCUUGCUGGAGAACUAUGUAUUGCUGAUCUCUUUCCUUCCAUUACAUUGCUUCAAAUGUGCAGUGGAGUGAAGGCUAAGUCUGAAAAACUGUUUCGGAAGAUUGAUGAAAUAUUGGACAGGAUCAUUAAAGAACACAAGAAAAAGAAAAGCAGCCACAUGUGUGAAGCAGAUAAAAAGUAUUUAGUUGAUUUUCUUUUACACUUUCAACAGCAAAACAUGGAACAGCAAAACUUGGAACAUCCCUUAACUGAUGACAAUGUCAAAGCUGUCAUCAUGGAUGUCUUUAGCGCUGGAACAGAAACAUCAUCAGCAGUUGUGGAAUGGGCCAUGUCAGAAAUGGUGAAAAAUCCAAGGGUGAUGGAAGAAGCACAAGCUGAGGUGAGAAGGGUGUUUGAUUGCAAGGGGCAUGUGGAUGAGAGUGACAUGGACCAAUUGAUAUACUUAAAAUCUGUCAUCAAGGAAACCAUGAGGCUACACCCACCUACACCAUUGUUACUUCCAAGAGAAAGCAAGGAAAAAUGUGAAAUCAAUGGAUAUGAUGUAGCUGCUAGGACCAGGGUCCUCAUUAAUGCUUGGGCUAUUGGAAGAGAUGCUAAGUAUUGGACUGAAGCUAACACUUUUAAGCCAGAGAGAUUUUUGGGUAGCUCAAUAGAUUACAAAGGCACAAACUUUGAAUUUAUUCCAUUUGGUGCUGGAAGAAGGAUGUGUCCAGGCAUUGCAUUUGCCAUAGCUGACAUUGAGCUGCCACUUGCUCAGUUGCUUUAUCAUUUUGAUUGGAAGCUUCCUGAUGGAACCAAGCAUGAAGAACUUGACAUGAGUGAGUCAUAUGGGUUAACUGCAAAAAGACAAAAUGGACUAUCCUUGAUUCCCAUUAUUCAUCACCCAUAG